UAUUUAUAUAUAUAUAUAUAUAUAUAUAAUACCUUUGUAGUCACCUAAACUGCAAACGCGUUCCCAUAACUUCUGCUUCUAACUAUCUAGAUGUAAACCUCAAUCAUGCGACCCUCCCCCGGCGACCACGCUUGGCAUGGGCGUCAGCGUCCUGCCGACCAUGAUCCAGCUCCCCUUAUGGCUUCUAGUUGUAGUAGCCAGAUGUCUUUUUUCCUUGCCGACGAGUCGUCCAUUGAUUCUUACCUCGAGCAUUCUAACCCGCACGGUCGUUUUCUAGACGCGCGGAAGGCUGCUACCUCUACAAGUGUGCCACCUCCCCGCGGUAAUGAUAAGGACAGCGAACCUUCAAGGCAGGCUACGAUGCAACGGGAAAGAGAUUAUAUACCAGCAUACUCCCAAUCAUCCAGGGCUUCUGUCUUCACACACAGUCCAGCAUCGAUGAGGUCCCAGAACUAUUCGUCACCUUCGCGGCCGAUAACACCCAUCAUGCUAGGUACAUCCUGCACGGGUUCCGUAAUCAGCACCCCAUCCUCCAGGAGAAAUUCAUUUGCUGGGUCGCUCUCAGACCACGGAGUUAGUUCCGAUGAGGAAUUUUUCGAACAAAGGUCUUCGAACACAAUAGAUAGCGGAAGUGCUCCUCAAUUAGUAAUGCCCAGCAUCAAGAUGCCAAGUCGGCGUCCAUUCACCGAGAUAGGCAAGAAUCUGGGCCGGUUAAAGGUGUUGUUUGCCGGUGACUCUGGUAUCGGUAAGACCUCCAUGGUCAAAGCAAUCGUCCAAACCUGCGAGCAUAUCGUCCAUGUUGAUCCUAUUCCAUCUCAAACCGAGUCGAACACCCACAUGAAGCAGGUCAGCCUACCUAGAAAUGCAUCAAACUCGACAUCUAGCAUAUUGGAGAUAUAUGCCAGCACCAAGCCUUAUCCAGAAUGGUGGUCGAUGUUGGACGAGCCUCAUCUCUCUCAAAGGCGUAAAAGUCUAGGCGACAGCGUUCUAGAGCGCAAUGUGUGUUUUGUAGAUACACCUGGAUAUCAGAAUGGUUCAUCCGCUAUGGAGACUAUCAUGUCUUCCGUUGAAUAUAUUGAAUCUCACUUAGACAAAAUAUCAUCGGACUCUCUAAGCGAUUCGGAUAUGUUAAACAUGUUAGGAGGUAGCGGAGGUUUUCAAGUUGACGUGGUCUUCUAUUUUAUUUCACAAAAAAUGAGACCCAUCGAUAUAGAAUAUAUCCGCCGGCUAACACCACUGACAAAUGUUAUUCCCCUUCUAGCCCAGGCCGACUCAUUGUCGCUAGAUCAGCUUGCUAUAUGUAAAGAGCAACUUAUCGGCCAGCUUCAAGAGGCGGGACUUCAAACAUUUAGCUUCGCGUUAACAACUAGCGAUAGAUCUGCAACGGCUAUACCCAGUAUUCCUUAUGCUGUAUCUAGUGCAACAGGUUCGGACGACGAUAUAAUGGAUGCGAGCCUUCUCAUGAGCGCCGACUAUGUUCAACCUCUGAUGACGUCGGAACUAAAAUAUCUUGUAGAGAACGUUUUUAGUCCAAGCGGAAUAUCCUGGUUGCGGCAUGCUGCAGCAAAGAAGUAUCUGGGAUGGAGAAAUACCACACCAUCGCGCCCUCGUCAUUUAUACAGGCCGUUGAGUCUCCCUGGUCCAACGUCAUCUUUUCUUCCGAGCCGAUCGUCAGAAAAUCCGACUAGUCCACGUGCCUCCUUAGCACUCGCCCGUCUUAAUGACCGGCAACUGGCCCAUAAUCCGCCCCAAAUGCAUAUGGCGGACUGGGCAGCCGAUCUUCAGCGUAGUCUGGCCAGUGAGCGAGCCCAGUAUGAAUCACUUGCUCGAGGGGAACGUGCUAUUUGGCUUACAGAGAGAUUAAACGAAUGUGUGCAAGAUGGCACACUUGUAGCCCUGAAUAAGCCCCAAGGUACAAGCUCAGUAGGGGUAAGAAGACCAUCCAAACGUAGGCCUUCGACAACGACGGUACCGCACCAAGAUCCGCUAGGAUUGCUUCAAGUGGCAGCAGACUUGAAAGCGAAAGGAUGGGUUGCUUUAGAGGUUAUAGGUAGCCUCGGUGUCAUUGGAGGAUUAGCAUUUUGGAUGUCAAGGCAGCAUUGGCACAUGGAUCCCCUCGAACUCGCUCUUGCGGAUGAGUGGGUAAGGCGUUGGGGCGUGGACAUUUAAUAUACCUGUAUUUGUACAAUUUGUACAAGAUAGUUUGGGAUGGUCACUCUACUCACAACAUAGUAUUGGCCUUACCGAAUAAACCCAGCUUUAAUCCGAGUAGAGAGUUGCAGAUUGAAUUUUGAGCUUUUGCGUAGAUUGGAUGAUUGUGUAGAACCGGUGAUGAUGCCUAUACCCAAGAUGAUAGAAUAGAAAUAAUAUAGCUCCUUGUUUUUAAAAGGAUCUUUUUAAGUCUUCUAUUAUUAUACUUUGCUAAGAAUAAAGGCGGUUUUAUUUUAUUUCGUGUGCUAAA